CCCGGAUGUUGCGAGUUGGGGUGUGUGUGUGUGUGUUGGAGAGAAUGGAUCGUGCUGCUGCAAUCGGGAUCAGAAGUGGCUGGUACCAAUGUUUGGAUGCCUCAUCUGUAUUAAUUAUCUGCAGGUGAGGACCUUGCGCACAGCUGCGACUUGCAAUUGAAGACGACGACGACGGUUACGACGACGACGACGACGCGGCCGCCAGUGUCAUCAUCAUGUCGACUGCGGCUUCUUCACCCACAGACGCUGUGAGUGCGGAGGAUCUGAACCGCCUGCCCUUACAAAGGCGAGCGACGAUUGGUGAUCCUAUGCAGGAUAAUCCGGCCAUCACGCGGCAGAGGCGAAAGUCUUCGAUUAUUGCUUGCGACCGAUGUCGAAGGCGGAAAAUUCGAUGUGAUGGGAAUCAGCCUUGUGCCACGUGUGCCCGGUUCGGAGUGCGAUGUGCCAGACAAGAACAACGGCGAGAACGCAGUUGCAGUAAUGCUGAACACACUGAUUUGGCAGACCGUGUCCGCGCGCUCGAGGCUGGGUUGGCCGCCGUCACAGCAGGCGAGCAUAUCAAUCCCUCGCACAAGAGACCAGGUCCGCCAUCUCUCCAGUUGAACACGAGCUUGCCCACCGACCUGUCUCCAGCCUUUUCGUAUGCUGGGGGCAUAGAUCACAUGUCCUUGAGCGACGAAAUCUUGCCACAGAACGUGCCCACCAUACACAUCACAGGCCCGCAUGGGGGCAGCAACACCGCUCCUCCAUCAGCCCUGUCGCCCAGCCCAAGUCUGAUUUCUGAGACAUCGGGAGCUUCGUCGCCAGACCCGUUCUCUUCGGUCUCUGCAUUCGACUUUGGCAACAGUAGCCUGUGCGCUUCCACCUUGAUGCCAGCUGCAAAUGGCUUCGUCCCUACGCCUCCACUCAAUCAGUGGGCCGAAGUGUACAAUCAGAACCUGCACACACCCACGUCUCCGGGAAGCCAGCACAUCUCUCGUCGAUCUUCCGUCUCGUCCUUCGGAGGCCUCGGCGAAGCCAUAUAUGCCAUGGACCUCCACAACUCCGACUGGAGCAUGCAAGGCUCCUUUGCAGAUUCCGACGCAAACGACUUUGACAACAUGGGUUACAUCCUAUCCGAUCCCAUCCCAUCAAAACCUCAAGCCGAAAUACUCGCAGAAAAAGUCUUCAGCAAUCGAUGUCUCUUAAUCGAUCGACCGACUUUCCGCGUCUGUCUCGAAGCCAUCUACAUGCUCCCCGACCACACAAGUGACGCGCAUCCCGCUGUCAACGACAAGUUAUCCUCCUAUACGAGUUUUUCCCUCCGCGUCGCUAGAUGUCUGGUAUUUCUCGUUCUGACCAUCGGUCUACGUAUGCAAUCCUUCGAACAAAGCAUCAGCAACAGUAACAGCAUUGUGCAAGAGCAAAGUUGCUAUCGUCUUGCAAUGCGACAAAUGGCUUCGUCGAUAGAUUUUUGGUCUGAAAAUGGUACGAAAGAAGUCAUGGCAUUGCUAGGCGUACUUGCCGAAGUGUCUUCUUCUUCUACGCCGUAGGAGAAUGAGAGCCUAGCUAGCUCUACUAUCUUACUACUACUACCUGCUGUAGUAAUUAAUAGUCAUGAAAGUCACGCGAUACGUAGGUAAAGCACCUCGUGGGAAAUUUGAAAAGAUAUAUUCAAC